AUGUUACUCCGCAAGGAGGCGCCACCAACACCAGACGAAUACGACUGGACUGCGACGCUGCCUGUUCCUGAUGAGCAGAUAGUUUCCAUUCCAUGGACAAAUGGAACAAACCUGACGUCAAACCCCUAUCAUUGGCUACUCUCACCAGAGGAAAUUAACAUCACUACUGAGGAUGUGGACACUAUGAAAGACUACUUCAUUGGUGUACAGCUCGGCUCUGAGCAGGACCUGUGGAGGGGAGACGUUGUGAACUUCACCCUGUAUGUCUUUGAAACAUCCUGCGUUUAUUUUGACGAAGAACUCCACUUGUGGCAAAGUGAUGGCUGUGAGGUUGGUCUGAUGUCUAACAGCAGCCACAUCCACUGCCGCUGCUACCACCUGACCAAGUUUAGCGGCUUUGUCGCGCCGAACCCUCUCAACAUCGCAGAGGCUCUGUCAGCCAACGUUCUGGAGAACCCAGCAGGACUGUUCCUGGUCCUGACUGUGUUUGGAGCCUACCUUGUGGGCAUUGUUUGGGCCAGGAAGUCUGACAGGAGGGAUGUAGUGAAGGCUGGGAUUGGGAUUCUGCCUGGUCACAGACUCAACCCCAGACAGGACUGUCAGUACCUCAUAACUGUGUACACUGGCUUCAAGGGAAACGCUGGGACAACUGCAGAGGUAACUAUUGUCCUGUACAGCCAAGACCACGAAAGCUGUCCCUUCAGGCUCAGUGAUGAGAAGAGGAUCCUGUUUGAGAGGGGCAGCGUGGAUUCCUUCCUCGUGUCGACGUCUCAGCCGCUGGGGGCCUUACGCUUCGUCCGUGUGUGGCACAACAACGGAGGGUACAGUCCGGGAUGGUUCUUGAGCCAGAUUGUAGUGACAAACCGGGGAGACAACACACCGAACUUCUUCAUUUGCAACAGAUGGUUUGCUCUAGACAGAGAUGACGGUCAGAUCAGUCGAGUCCUUAUUGAAGCUGAUCCAGACGAGAUGAAGAAAUUCCGCAACUUGUUCCUGGCCAAAAGUUCAAGGGACAUGAGUGAUGGUCACCUGUGGUUCUCCGUGGCAGGCCGGCCGGCCCGGAGUCCCUUCACCCGAGUCCAGCGGCUGUCCUGCUGCCUGACGCUGCUCUACAGCACCAUGGUCACCAACAUCAUGUUCUUCGGCCGCGGGGACGAAUUCGACCCGCCUGAGCCCAUCAGGAUAGGUGGCAUAGAGAUGGACCCACCCAUUUCCCUUCCACAG